CCUGGGGAGGGGGCCGGGCCCGGCCUGAACCCUUCCCUGAGGGCGCCUUGGGCUGGGGGAUGGCCGGGAUGGCCCAGGCGGUCUGGUUUCCUACGUGGAAGGGGGGGGGGGGGGAGCUUCUCGCGUCCGGAGACCCGAACUGGGACCCGUAGAUGGGACGCCUGGCGUAGGCGGCCGCUAACUCCUUGGGUGCGCCGAUCGCUUUCGGUCUUGUGGGGCAAGGAAACACCCCGAAAACAACUCACCAAUUCAAGUCUGUUAGUCCCAUCUGGCCGAACCCCCCCCCCCCCCCCGCCCUAUAUGCCUAACGCUUCCACGUGCUUUCUGCCGUGAGCCUCCCCGCACACCCCGCACUUAGCCCAGGGCCUCCUCUUGUGCACCAGCCUCGGCGCCUUCCCUCCUUCCGGUUACUUAGAAAACCAGUCUCCUGCCCAGGUGGGAAGGACCCACGCUCUGAAAGCCCCUAGUUCCAGAGCCUCCGGAGGCCUGAGGGCCCUGGAGCAUUUGUCCGCCUUGUGUCAGAGGUCAGAGGUCAGCGGAGGAGGAGCAGACUCCAGCUGAGUCAUUGGCUAGGGUGGGAUGAGUGCCCCUCCCUCCCUUAGGGCAGGGGAUCAGUAGGCAAAUGUGUGAGGAGCCUUGCCAAAGGGGUUCCCCAUAGGGGGCUGGGGAGUGGCCUCUGCACAGGCCACAGUUCAGCGAGGGGUGUGCAAAGCAAAAGGACUAAGGUCAUUCCACUACGAGUGUUACCGUGUGAGGCCGUGCACGGCCGCUUGGUGUGGUCGCUCAGGGCUGGCACCCGGUCCUCAUGGGCCGUGUCCGAGGAUACGGUCCUUGCUCACCCUGGGACUCCGCCCACCCCGCGUUGCCGGCGGCCUGGACCGGUUGCCAGUUGCGUUGAUUCCCCUUCCCAGUGAAGUUGCGAGGGGCGCGAUCCCUUCUGUGUCCCCCAACUAUGGGAGUGCUGUCCUGUCGUGAGCAGGAAAGUGCCCCCAAGCCCUGCCUGGCCCGACACCGACCCCAUACAGCCAGAGGCCAUGGUGUCUUCCCACCACCAUCCUCUGUCAUACUGUGUGACACACAGGUACCCGUGGUCAGGUACGGGGGGACCCCACUACAGACAGACCGGCCUGCGCCUUGUCCCCAGCGUGGCCCGAUACGGGAACAGCGUGGGCGGCCUGUACGUACCCGCACACGGCGGAUAGUGCCCCGAUGAAGGGUGUCCGAAGAACUUUUUCUUAAUCCACCAGGUACCAUCCACUGGACAUGGACUGAACGGCACAGAGAAGUGCCCUUCCCCUUCACGUCACAUUCAGUUAGUCUGUCACUCCCCCCGGGGACGGUGGACAGGAGACACUCCGCAGGUGUCACACACGACUGUCUUGGUCCCAACAUUCCCUGGCUGCCCAAUGACCCCAUCCGGUCAGCACCUCCCUCACCCUGCCUAGCAGGGGACACCGAGGGGGCUUGCGGCAUCCAGGACCCCGUGAGCUGGGUGGAAUCCGAAUCCGGUCCAGUGCUGCCUGAGGGGGAGGGGGGGCAGUGUCUGGGGCUCCCCUUCCAGGGUAUCCUGGUGGCUCCAGGGGUUGUGGGCCUGGCCCCCGCCUGGCCUUCCGGAGCCGACGGCAGCUCCCCCCAGCCUGGGUUCCCACACGGGCCCUUGGGAGACAGGGGGGCUGAAGCCGGCCAGGCUCGGCUUGGGUGUCAGUGUGAAGUCGGGGGGAGCGGCGAGAUGCAGAGGCACGUUUGGGUGUGCCAGGACUGGCCUGAUGGCCUUGACCUGAGACGCGGGGAGACCACCACAGCCCACGGGGCGGGGCGGCCCUGCGAGACCAAGCUUGUGAGGAGCAGCGGGGCUGCUGCCCACACCUGCCACGGGGCGUGGCUCAGAGAGGCUUUAUCUAGAAGUAAAUCGUGGCUAGAAUCUGUGGAGGGGCGGGCCAGAGGGAGGCAAGUGGUCCUGGUGGACAGGGACAAAAAGCAGGGGUCCGAGCUGGGAGGGCUGUGAAGGUGCGAAUGGGCUCUGGAGCCCAGAGUGACCCCAUAGGAUGAAUGCAGGUGUGGCCGGGGCUUGAACUUAAUGCCAAGUCCUGGGACAAAAGUAGUGACAAGCUUGUGUGCUGAGCUCAUGUCGGGCCAGGUGUGGUAGCUGGUCCACCCUGACAGCUGCAUUUUACAGCGGUGAUAAUGAGCCAGAGCACAUCGAGCAGCCCUGGGUCCCCCCUCAGCCUCCCGCACUGCGGACAGACGGGGCCACCCGACCGGUCCGUACACAUGAUGCCAGGAGCCCACGAAGACACAUUACUGCCAAAGUCAGAAGAAAAAGCCCCUGGCCCCGACAUGGCCCGUCGCUCCCAGAGCUCCUCACAGGGGGACAACCCACUGGCACCUGGGUACCUGCCGCCUCACUACAAAGAGUACUACCGCCUGGCGGUGGAUGCGCUGGCCGAGGGAGGCCCCGAGGCCUACAGCCGCUUCCUGGCUUCCGAGGGGGCACCCGCCUUCCUGUGCCCCGAGGAGCUAGAGCAUGUGAGCCGCCACCUGCGUCCCCCACAGCACGUUGCUCCAGCGGCCCCCGAGGGUGGCCCCCCCAAUGUGGACAUGGAUGGCUCCUCGGGCACCUACUGGCCCAUGAACUCAGACCAGGCAGUGCCUGAACUCGACCUGGGCUGGCCCCUGACCUUCGGCUUCCAGGGCACGGAGGUCACCACACUGGUGCAGCCACCACCGCCCGACAGUCCCAGCAUCAAGGAUGAGGCUCGAAGGAUGAUCCGCUCUGCCCAGCAGGUGGUGGCCGUAGUGAUGGACAUGUUCACCGACGUGGACCUGCUUGGGGAAGUGCUGGAGGCAGCGGCCCGCCGCGUCCCGGUCUACAUCCUCCUGGAUGAGAUGAACGCGCAGCACUUCCUAGACAUGGCCGACAAGUGCCGUGUCAACCUGCACCACGUGGAUUUCCUGCGUGUGCGCACCGUGGCCGGCCCCACCUACUACUGCCGCACUGGCAAGUCCUUCAGGGGCCACGUGAAGGAGAAGUUCCUGCUAGUGGACUGUGCCGUGGUGAUGAGCGGCAGCUACAGCUUUAUGUGGUCCUUCGAGAAGAUCCACCGAAGCCUGGCGCACGUGUUCCAAGGCGAGCUGGUCUCCAGCUUCGAUGAGGAGUUCCGCAUCCUCUUCGCGCAGUCGGAGCCGCUGGUGCCCUCGGCGGGGGCGCUGGCCCGCAUGGACGCCUACGCCCUGGCUCCGUACACGGGCGCCGGGCCCCUUCUGGGCGGCCCCCUGCCCGCGGCGCCGACCCCUUUCUCCUUCUCGAAGCGAGCGCACCUCCUGUUCCCACCGCCCCGGGAAGAGGGCCUGGGCUUCCCGUCCUUCCUCGACCCCGACCGCCACUUCUUGUCGGCCUUCCGCCGGGAGGAGCCGCACGCAGCGCUGCGGCCCCUGGCGCGGCGCCUGGACGCCGAGGCGGCCGCGGGCGCGGAGCCCGCGGGCGCGCGCGGCCUCUUCCAGGCGCGGCACCUGGAGGUGGACGCCUUCAAGCGGCACAGCUACGCGGCCGCCGACGGCGCGGGCGCCGUGGAGAACUUCGCGGCCGCGCGGCAGGUGUCCCGGCAGACGUUCCUCAGCCACGGGGACGACUUCCGCUUCCAGACCAGUCACUUCCACCGCGACCAGCUCUACCAGCAGCAUUACCAGUGGGAGCCGCAGCUGGCGCCGCCACGCCCGCAGGGCCUGUUCGAGAAGCUGCGCGCCGGCCGCCCGGGCUUCGGCGACCACGACGACUCGGCGCUGGGCGCCGGGCCCCGCCUCCCCGAGCUCGGCCCGGACGGCCACCAGCGGCUGGACUACGUGCCGUCCGGCGAGUCGCGCGAGGUGCGCCGCGGCUCAGACCCCGCCUUGGGGCCCGGGCCCCGCGGCCUGGAACCCGGCGGCGCCCCGCGCCCCAACCCGGGCCAGCGCUUCCCGUGCCAGGCGGCGGCGAGGCUGGGCCCGGAGGCCGCGCCCGACGCGGAGCCGGGCUGCAGGGGCGGCCCCGAGGGGCGGGCCGGCCUGCGGCACUGGCGCUUGGCCUCCUACCUGAGCGGCCGCCUCGGCGAGGACGCGGCCGACGACGGCCUGCCGGCCCCCAUGGAGGCCGAGGCCUACGAGGACGACGUCCUGGUGCCCGGGGCCCGAGCGGCCCUCGGGGACCUGCUCCCCUCGGCCUCCCGCGGGCCCACGUCCUUCCCGGCCAGGGGCGGGGGCGACGGCCCGGAGCGCGAGGGCCUGGACGAGGCGGGCCUGGCCCGGCAGGACGCCCGCUCGCGCCUGAACCCGCUGAUCCAGCGCAGCUCGCGCCUGCGCUCCUCGCUCAUCUUCAGCGCUUCGCAGGCCGAGGGCGCGGGAGGCGCCGCGGCGGCCACGGCUGAGAAGGUGCAGCUGCUGCACAAGGAGCAGGCGGUCAGCGAGACGCUGGGCCCCGGUGGCGAGGCCGUGCGCUCCGCCACCUCCGCCAAAGUGGCCGAGCUCCUGGAGAAAUACAAGGGCCCGGCGGGCCCGGCGCGCGAUGCCGGAGGCGCGGGGGCUCCGCUCACGGUCGCCAGCCACAGCAAGGCUGUCGUGUCCCAGGCGUGGCGGGAGGAAGUGGUGGCGCCGGGCGGCGCGGGAAGCGAGCGCCGCAGCCUCGAGAGCUGCCUCCUGGACCUUCGCGACUCCUUCGCGCAGCAGCUGCAUCAGGAGGCCGAGAGGCAGCCCGGAGCGGCCACACUCACUGCCACCCAGCUGCUCGACACGCUGGGCCGGGGCAGCACCGACCGGCUGCCCUCUCGCUUCCUCUCUGCCCAGGGCCGUUCCUCCCCGCAAGGGAGGGACAGCCCGCCGCUGGAGGGGUCCGGGGCCCGCCAGGCACCCCACUCUGAGCCGAAAGGGAGCCCCACCUCUGCCUACCCUGAGCCGAAAGGGAGCCCUACCUCGGCCUAUCCCGAGCGCAGGGGCAGCCCCGUGCCCCCUAUGCCAGAGCGCAGGGGCAGCCCCGUGCCCCCCGUGCCCGAGCGCAAGGGCAGCCCCGUGCCCCCCGUGCCCGAGCGCAGGGGCAGCCUCACCCUUACCUUCUCUGGGGAGUCUCCCAAGACUGGAACCCCAGAGGAGCCGGCUGGCGGCCCCAUGGAAGUCCUGCGCAAGGGCUCCCUGCGCCUCCGCCAGCUGCUGAGCCCCAAGGGUGAGCGGCGCACGGAGGAUGAGGGCGGCUUCCCAGCGCCGCAGGAGAACGGGCAGCCAGAGAGCCCCCGGCGGCCGUCGCUGGGCAGGGGUGAUAGCACUGAGGCUGCCACUGGCGACGAGCGGAGCCCGCGGGGGCGCAUGACCUCCGCCACGGCCAAUGCCUUGUACAGCAGCAACCUGCGGGAUGACACGAAAGCCAUUCUGGAGCAGAUCAGCGCCCACGGUCAGAAACACCGCGGGGUCCCCGCCGCGGCCCCGGGCCUGGCUCACAGCAGUCCUGAACUAGGCCGCUCGCCAGCUGCUGGCGGCCUGGCCCCAGACAUGUCCGACAAGGACAAAUGUUCUGCCAUCUUCCGCUCGGACAGCCUGGGGACGCAGGGCAGGCUGAGCCGCACGAUGCCUGCCAGCGCCGAGGAACGCGACCGGCUGCUGCGCCGCAUGGAGAGUAUGCGCAAGGAGAAACGUGUCUAUAGCAGAUUCGAGGUCUUCUGCAAAAAGGAAGAGGCCGGCGGCCCGGGGGCAGGAGAGGCCCCUGCAGAGGAGGACACCAGGGACAGCAAGGUGGGCAAGUUCAUGCCCAAGAUCCUGGGCACCUUCAAAAGCAAGAAGUGAGGCUGCUGGCCUGACAGCCCAGGUCCAGGUGCCUGCAUCACUGCCGCCCCGGGGGCAGAGCACCUGCUCUCACUGGGGGGUGGGGGGUGAGCACAGCCUGAGCCUGGCUCCGCCCCCCUGGAGCUCACCCAGCCGCACCUGCCUUUCGCCCCUGGCCUUUCCCCUCUGGGGCUCCAGCCCUGCCGCCCUGCUCCUUACUCCCCCAGGCGCAUCCCCCCCCCACCCGGAGCCCCCCCCUUCUGAUUCCUCUGCUCAACCUGGUUGAGCUUCAGGUCCCCCGUGGACCUUCCUUUGCCUCAGGGCUCCGUCUCUUUGUGCCUUAGGCCCCCACAUGUCCGGGGGGGCCAUCUCUUUCUGCCUCCGCCCCCAUCCUUGUGGGGGGCCAUCUAUGCACCUCGGCCCCUCAUUCUUUGGGGGCCUCACGUCUCAGGGCUUCUCAGGUCCCCUCUGCUCACUGCCUCUUGGCUCUACUGCCGCUGCUUCGCUGCUGCUUCGCUGCUCCCCCUACCUGUGUCCUGGCGGCCCCAGCCCCUCUCGCCCGCACCCCCCCCCAAGGCCCGCUGUGUCUCCCUCCACAACAGGUGGCUCAGGUGCCACUUCCUGCCCUGUUUGCUUGCCCCCCUGCCUCCCUGUCUGCCUCCUGGCACCUUAGCAGCCUCCUCCCUGAGGGGGGGCAGUGCUGGCUGGGGGUGACUGGUGAUGGGGG